AUGGGGAGAAAAGGAAGCUGGUUUUCUGCUGUGAAGAAGGCUUUAACCCCUGAAUCAAAGGAGAAGAAAGACGAGAGAAACGUAAGUUCCAAUAGCGGAUGUGAUGAUAAUGACAAUGAUAAUGAAGAUAACAGAAGUAAUAGUCCGGAAUCAAAUGAAGAAGAUUUAGUGUUCCCCGAGACGACCACUUCCACCAUAGAAGAUGAUGUGAAGUUAACACAAGACCAAAAUGAUAUAAGCCAUCAACUUACAACCGCUCGAUUCCCCAAAAAGCCCAAGGAAGAAACGGCUGCUAUCAAGAUUCAAAAUGUUUUUAGAGGAUACCGAGCUAGGAAGGCAUUGAAGAGAUUGAGAGGAUUGGUAAGAUUGAAAAUACUCGUGGAAAGCAAGUCAAUGAAACGUCAAGCCAUGACCACGUUAAAAUGCAUGCAAACGUUAGCCCAUGUACAAUCUGAAGUUCAAAUGAGGAGGAUUCGAAUGACGGCGGAGAAUUUGGCCUUACAGAAAGAUAUUCCACCAAAGAACGAAAAAACGUCGACGCUUCCAAAGCCCAAGGCAUUGGCGGUGACUUUGAGUAGCGAAGAGUGGAUCAAUAGUCCACGUUCCAAAGAACAACUCGAGGCCAAAAUGCAAAACAAACAAGAUGCUGCCAUAAGAAGAGAAAGGGCAUUGGCAUAUUCAUACUCUCAUCAGCAAAAAUGGAGGAACCCAUCUAAGAAAGGAACACCAACCAUUCUAGAUCAAAAAAAUCCUCAUUGGGGAUGGAAUUGGUUAGAAAGAUGGGUGACAGAUCAAUCAUGGGAAACAAAAUGUGAUCCCAACAAAGAUGGUGGCCAUGCUACAAGUAGACAAGUUGCAUCAUUUCCCAAACCAAAUAAUCCUAACCGUCAACAAUCUUCUAAUUCCAUUUCGAAGCCACCAUCAAGGGCCAAAAAACAAGAAGACAGCUCGAGAAACCAAUCAAACGUGCAUCAAAGAAGGCAUAGUUUGCCUGGUUUUCCCACCAUCGAUGAUCAUGAUCGGAGCUCUCAUAUUCCAAAUCACAUGGCUUCACCAAACAGAAAAACUAGGUCUCGAGGUCCAAGCCCACUCGGUAAUGUGAUACCGGAAAACAAAUCGAUAUUAAAUAGUAAGACAAAGAAGUCGAUGUCAUUUCCAUCAUCCUCGAGUGCACAUAAUAGGAAUUCCAUUUAUGAAAAUACAAAGACCACUCAUUCAAAAAAUGGAAAUGUGCAAUAA